AUGAAACUUCGUUCUAGCGAGAGCCGUUCCGCUGCUGUCCGAUGUAGCCGCCCGCCUAUUUCGAAGGAUGGAGCCCAUCACAUUUCUUCUGCGCCGCGCCACGCCCAGCCGAGUGGACAAGCCUCCCGUGACCUGGACGUGGCAGUUCAUCGGCAUCGGGGCCCGGGGCAUGCGGCAUGCGGCAUCGUCGUGGCCUCGACAGGGAAGGCAUGCCCAAAUUCUUCGUCAAGGCUCAAGGGCAUUGCUGCACGAAGCUCAAAACAAGAGGUACUGGAAGUCUGGAAUUUGUGUCAGUGGUGCAGCAGCUUAUGCGAAGAAGCAGGAAAUCUUGCUUUGAUACAACUGCACCAGAGAGAUGGCUAUUCACGCACGCUAUGCUCCGGUUCGCUGCCUCAUCACUACACACUUGCAAGGGCCGAAGCUGCAGUAGUCGAGAUCUACACAUUUCUUGAUCUCAGUCUCGCUAGGAAAGAAUGUUCAGCUCUGCCUCAACAUUUUUGCGCUCUAGGUCUAAUCUCUACACGUGAUGGCACCGACUCAUACUUUUCGGCGACUCGGUCUCCCCACACCGGGCGUCUAUGUUGCGCUCAAUCCCCUCGUGGAGCCGACAUGAAGAUGGUGCGUGUUUGA